GUACUUCUGGCGUUUGAAAAGGGAGUUCUGGCAUUUAAAAAUGGAGUUCUGGCAUUUGAAAAGGGAGUUCUGGCAUUUGAAAAGGGAGUUCUGGCAUUUGAAAAUGGAGUUCUGGCAUUUGAAAAUGGAGUUCUGGCAUUUGAAAAGGGAGUUCUGGCAUUUGAAAAGGGAGUUCUGGCAUUUGAAAAGGGAGUUCUGGCAUUUGAAAAUGGAGUUCUGGCAUUUGAAAAGGGAGUUCUGGCAUUUGAAAAGGGAGUUUUGGCAUUUGUAAAGGGUCGGAGUUCUGGCAUUUGUAAAGGGAGUUCUGGCAUUUGUAAAGUUCUGGCAUUUGUUGCGUUUCUACUAAAUCGGCGUUAACUUGUAUGUGUGUGACUUAAUCCAGAUAUUAUGAUAUUUCAUUUUUAUACUUGACAAUUUUCCUUAGGCCGCCAUAUCUGUGGCAAGUGUGAGUAAUGAAGAAAAAGAAGAGCAUAAGAAGGACUGCGAGAAACUUCAGGCAAAAAUUAAGGGUACGCUCUUGUUUUUUGUGAAGAACAGCCACUCAAUCCUUAAGAAAUAAAAUUGUUUCCUUUGUUUCUUAAUGUGCAGUUUUAGAAACCAUUCAUGUUGAAAUGUGUAAGGUUUUGUUGGAAGAUGAACGUCACCAGGUAGGUGCAUGGUUUUGUGAUUAUUUUUACACCUAUUUAUACAGUAGGUAACGGGGUGAUUAUCAUGGCUGAAAAACAACCAAACAAGAAAUAGUUCUUGGUAACAUUACAUUUUUUUUGAACAGGAUUGUCCGUCUACUAGAUCUGCAUUCUUGGAAAAGUUUCGAAAAUAUUUACAGGAAAAUAUGUUUAUUGUUCUGAGCGUAAGUAUUGUCAUUCACGUAAUUUCGGGAGAACAUCAGAACAAUUUCAGGACAGACUGCCGAUUCAAGAACAUGUACAGUACAUGUUGUUUAGGGCUGUUUAGGACAUGUUAUUUUGAGGUUGUUUUGGGGGUUGUGUUGGGGGUUCUUUUGGGGUUAUUUGAUCAAACUGAUUAUCAAUUUCCCAUUUGUAAUACAAAAUUACUGAAAAUUGCAAACUUCGCAAGGCUACAGUAUAUUAUCCGCAUUUUACAACAUUUCGCAACGAAAUUUUGGAAUAUUACUAAUUUUGUGAUGCUCUUUCAUGCUGUGAUGAAAUUUUUGUCCAGACUUGACUAGAUCAAAAUUUCACUCAAAAGGGGAAAGGUCUGUUGAACAAUCGAUCUUUCUUCUCUUUCUCUAGUCUCAUCCACCCAGCUCGUGUUCUGGGCCAGUACUGACAUGUUUCUUCCAUCGUUACAUGCAAGCGUUGAAUUGGCAUUGGGACAAAUGGGCGGAGGAGAAUGGAUCUGAAAUUACAUCAAAGAGUAUGUGUUGGAGCUAUUCUGUUUGAGCUAUAUAUUCUGCUUUUGCAUUACAGGAGAAUCAACGAGAAUAUAAUACCGAGGUCCCUUCAAUAUGGGCGUGUAAUCUACUUCAGAUAUGCUGGCAAACAUUUUGAAUUUGGUGAUUUUAUAUUUUAGGUUUAUUUGUUCCCGUGUCGGCUUUUGUGGAUAAAAGCAUUAAUUACUUCGAAUUGUCAAGGUAGACUUUGGAUUUUAUUCCCAACUCCUUUUAUGAUUUGUACCUUGUAUAUAUGUCGGAUCUCUGUUGCGGAUUUCUAUUAAUUAAAGGCAUAUUGCCAAAAAAUUCUUCUGCAUCUUUGCUUCCAUCUUCUAAGCUUUUGUAAUCCCUUUAGAAAGUUGUCAGUACAUUAUCUUGUUGUCAUUUAAUAUAGAAUUGGCGGUAUAACUUCGCAUCUGAGAAAAUCACAUUCAGGUAAUUUAGCAAGAAAAAAACCUGGUAUUCGGGUUCUUUCCUUAUGAGAAACUUCUCAUUCGGAUAGUAUACCCUGGGGCACGUGUUUGUUUUUGUUAUUAUAUUACCCUGAUUUAAAAUGAGAAAUUUAUGGUUUUACUCAAUGGUAGAGAAACUUAAGAAUUCAUGUUCAACGGAGACAGAUGGAGACACUGGUAUGAAAGCAAGCGUUAGUACAAAAGAAGCCACUUCGUCAGAAUCUUGUUCUGGGCUUAAUAUGUCAUUGAUUGAAGCUGUUGACACGUUGGUUAUGCUGUAUUUCUUUGGUGUUCAUCGACAGUUUACCAAGGUAAAACUUGUGUUCGGGAUUUUUAUACUAGAUAGAGGGAAUGAGUUCUGAACUAUUUUUUUCAUGAGGAGCAAGGAAGGCAUUCCAUGCUGAUCCAGUGUUACUAUAUAGGAGGGACCGGAACACUUUGAUAAUGGCCAUAACUUAUUGCUCCAGGUUUACUGCAGGUGGAAACCAACUAUACUGGAUAGCCUGAUCAGUUCUAAGCUGUUCUUCCUACAUGUCCAUUAAGGAUCAUCUCUUAUUGAUCCAGUGUUACUACAGGAGGAAACCUAAACUAAACUAACUGUAUUUAUACUGGAUAGCCUGAUCAGUUCUAAACUGUUCUUCCUACAUGUCCAUUAAGGAUCAUCUCUUAUUGAUCCAGUGUUACUACAGGAGGAAACCUAAAUUAAACUAAUUUUAUUUAUACUGAUAGCUCCAUCAGUUCUAAACUAUUCUUCCUAGAGGUCCAGUAAGGAUCGUCUCUUAUUGAUCCAGUGUUACUACAGGAGGAAACCUAAACUAAACUAACUUUAUUUAUACUGGAUAACUCUAUCAGUUCUAAACUGUUCUUCCUAGAGGUCCAGUAAGGGUCAUCUCUUAUUGAUCCAGUGUUACUACAGGAGGAAACCUAAACUAAACUAACUGUAUUUAUACUGGAUAGCCUGAUCAGUUCUAAACUAUUCUUCCUAGAGGUCCAGUAAGGAUCGUCUCUUAUUGAUCCAGUGUUACUACAGGAGGAAACCUAAACUAAACUAACUUUAUUUAUACUGGAUAACUCUAUCAGUUCUAAACUGUUCUUCCUAGAGGUCCAGUAAGGAUCAUCUCUUAUUGAUCCAGUGUUACUACAGCAGGAAACCUAAAUUAAACUAAUUUUAUUUAUACUGAUAGCUCCAUCAGUUCUAAACUAUUCUUCUUAGAGGUCCAGUAGGGAUCGUCUCUUAUUGAUCCAGUGUUAGUAGUGUUACUAUAGAAGGAAACCUAAACUAAAUUUACGUUUUAUUUCGUAUAGGUCCGCAGUGUUCGAGACAAUCUGCAUCAAAAUAUCAGAGCCCUUGACGAGACGGACAAAAAAAUUAACAAGUGUCCGAAAGAUGUGAGUAUUUACAAUUGAAGGGUUUUUGAGAUGGAAAUUUUAAGUGUAGAUUUUAAAAGAGUACAAGUGCCUGGAGCCGUAACAUUUGGUAUUUUUAUCACUUUUACUUUCUAUUUUGGUUUCCAGAAAUUGGAUGUUCUCGCAGAACUUGAACGUUCUCGAAAAGUGUUUGCGAAGGAAACAACGAACUGCACUCGACAGAUGGCGUGGGUUCGCUGUCUUAUCUUCACCCCGGAGAAACAGGCUGAUGUCUAUUGGAUGUUAAAUACCGCUCUUCAGACUUUGCAGAAUGCCAAGCUGGAUAGCACGGUGUUUGAUUUCGUCCCGGAGUUUUAUAUCGAAGCUAUAUGUAGUGGUUAUUCCGCUUUAAGGAACUUAUUUUCACCUACUGUAUCCUUCAGUGACCUGUCAG